AUGAUUAUUGGUAUUUGUGGUGCUGUUGAUGGUGUUUAUGGUGCUGUUGAUAUUGUUCGGGGUGCUGUUGAUGGUAUUCGUGGUGCUUUUGGUGGUAUUCGGAGUACUGUUGCUGGUGUUCGGAGCGCUGCUGAUGUAGUUCGGGGUGCUGUUGAUGUUGUUCGGGGUGCUGUUGGUGGUGUUCGGAGCGCUGCUGAUGUACUUCGGGGUGCUGGUGAUGUUGUUUACGCUUAA